GCUCAUGUCAAAUGCUGCGGCACUGUACUAGUCGGCACUAGUCUGCAGUGCUAGUGAUCGUCGUUCAUCGUAACACAAGAGAACAAACGGGUGAAUUCUGGAAUAGUGUUUCAAGCAGUCACGCUCACAGUUUGUAGCACUAGUACUGCGUCCAGAUCUGGAGUUUGUCGUGAGGCUUUGCGCUGACCUGUAAAGGAUAGUGGUUGAAGCCACUGAGCUAGUUAUCUGUGAACUUCGAGGCUUCACGAUGAAGCAUUGCCUGUCCUCGACCGUAUCUGUAUUCCUCUACUGGACGCUUCUAAAGCUUGAAGAGGUUUCCGCUCAGGACCCACCAUCUCCUCUCGUGGUGGAUGCAUACGAGGAGUCAGCAUUGAUCAUAGCAUGCCCGGCCCCUCCAUCAACGCCUGCGAACAACAUCAUGUGGUAUGGGCGGAAUAACACCAAGAAGGGCACAGGGCCAAUCAUGGUUGUCUCCAGCCUUGAAGCCGAGCAUGCUGAUGUGUACUGGUGCUUUUGGGAAACGCCCGGCGGUGAAAACUUCUCAGCCGCAGCCCAACUGGUCGUAACCCCAUAUGUCAGCUAUAAGUGGGGCUCCGCUAUCACGUCACUACUCCUCUGCCUCAUAUCGAUGUCAGUUAUCUUUGCCUGGGGAUUGAUCAAGCAAUACUACCAGGCACGCACGCUGAUGCGCCAGGUCUCGACACUACCUCAGCCCAGCCCUAGACGCCGCAAGUUUAGCUACUUUGGCGAAACGUCAAUCAUACGAAGGUCAAGUCAGGCAGACCCGGAAGCACCAACAGCUUCCCUGACCGCAGCAGGUGUACGCCGUGUCACCUUUCAGCCCCGUCGAGUAUAUAAUGAUGUGCUCGCAGUAUAGAUCGACUGCCAAGCGAGCCAGAAAUCCUUCUAGGGAAUUUCCCCCCUGGCUUCAAAAUUGUAUCGAACACAGGCUCAGCGUUAUCUUGUCUUACCUGUGAAAUGGCCUCGCAUUGUGUUCGACUAUGGUAUUACAUAAACCUUGUAUUGUGGGGCUUUGCCAACCGUGGAUGGUUGUAGUAGGGAGCACUGUUUCUGAACACCGUGUUCCACCGCCUUGUACUAUGCUGUCAAAACAAUGUGUUGAACCAGUGUAUACAUGUAGUAGCGAAGUACUCAUGCCAUGGUCGCUUGGGAACAGUGAUAGCUACAAAUGACAUUGUAUGCGCGACAUUGGUGAAGGUUACUCGUGACUCUCCUGCAAGCGUUCUGUUUCAACUCUGUGGUAACCCGUCACCCAUCUGCUAAAGUCACGUUGGCUCCAGAUUCACCCGAAAGUACAUGACAUGUACCCUGGCCCGCGAGCAUUGUAUUGGUGAUAGUCGGGCUUGCUGGACUUCGCUAAUUCGCGAACUAUCAUAAUAUUUUAUUUUUGGUUACGUGCGAAAAAAUUUGACCCAAUUUUCCGUAUUCUAUGAAAAAUUAUUUUUAUCAAGUGCUUGAAUGUAUUGUUGGAUCCACAGGCGCACUAUGCUAGUGAUUGCCAUGACAACCACGAGCAUGUACAAUCAUGUAUUUCUCGCCUUUCCCUAUGGAAACGCAUACAAGUACAAUCUUAUUACUUAUGAUAUCAGAUAAGCCUUGUUU